GAGGGAUUCACCAACAAACCAGCGGAGAACACAGACACUGUCCCAUCCUUUGGUGUACUCGUACGCUACAAGGAUAGCAACACAUACACUCGAUUCGCUGUGACGAUGCCUCCGACUGCAAAUAUGGGUGCGGGUUUUGACCAAACAGGAAGGGAGAUCGCCUGGUUCUGGGCUCAAGAGCAAGCGGAGUGUGCUGAUGAGUGCGAACUCGAUCGUCGCUGUGUCGCAUGGACGGCGGUGAAAGAUGUAACACUAGACCCGCCUGAGUGGAACUGUACACUUAAGAGCACCUAUGGUGACGUUGUUGCUGCCAAUGAAUCUGUCGUGACAGGUCGUGUGUGGGAGCCAAUUCUGCUUCUGGACCGAAGCAAAUCCGGCACGACUGGAUUCCACGAAACCUGGACCGGCCGAGCUCCUCUCGUUGGAAAUGGCACAAGGGUACAGCUGCGAGUAUUUGUGGAUGACACCAUCGUUCAGGUCUUCAAGGACGAUGGCCUGGAGUCGCUGACGGGUCGUGUUUACGUUCCCAAUGACUAUUCUGGAGUUGCCCUCUUCUCCUCUAAUAUAAACUCACCACUCUCGGCCAAAGUCUCUUUCUACGAGAUGGAUACUGUACAUGAAUCGAAUGCGGCACCAACUGAUGCACCAACCGAGGGACCCACUGAGGCACCAAGUGAAGCACCGACCGAGGCGCCAACUGAAGCACCAACCGAGGCACCAACUGAUGCACCAACCGAGGCACCCACUGAUGCACCAACUGAAGCACCAACUGAGGCACCGACUGAUGCACCGACCGAGGCACCAACCGAGGCACCGACUGAAGCACCAACCGAGGCACCCACUGAGGCACCCACUGAUGCACCAACUGAGGCACCAACUGAUGCACCGACUGAAGCACCAACCGAGGCACCGACUGAGGCACCAACCGAGGCACCAACUGAAGCACCAACUACGGGUCCGCCCAAAGCACCGGAUGCAGCGUGGCAUACAGCGGGAUCACACCUUCUUAAAGUAAUGUUUUUGGCAGUUACUCUUCACACCGUGUUGCCGCUGCUUCUUUUUUGA